AUGUCAGAUAUCUUAGCGACGAGUCUUAAGGAGAGGACAACCGUUAUGAAACGAACGGGACUUUGGACGAUGGCUCCAAUCGUAGCUGUACUCCUGGUAUUGCCGAUGGUGGGCUUCGCGGCUCCUGAAGCGGAAGAGACCGAAGGGUCUGCGCUCAUCGAGAUCAUUUGGUCGGGACCAAGAACCGCAGACGCCCCUGAAGGCAACUGGAUGCAGCGACAGAUAGAAGAGAAGUUCGGUGUCAAGAUCAUCAACCACACCGUCCACAUCAACGACCGGGCUGCCAGAGAACUGAUGAUCACGUCAGGGGUAAACCUGCCCGAUGUGGGGCAGUUUGAAACGAACCCGAUGCGGCUGUAUCGAGAUGGCGUGUCGCGCAGCAUUCCGAAGGAAAUGGUGAGAGAACAUGCGCCGAAUUUCGCGCAGUUUCUUACCGACAACCCGCCGAUGUGGGACGUGAAGGUUGCACCCGACGAUCCGGACGCCUUCUAUACGAUUACCGGAUAUGCGGGGCACGGGAUCGGCGCGGGCGACUUUCCGUAUGUUCGACUGGAUUGGCUCGAACGAGUGGGAAUGGCGCCGGCGGCCGAGGACGUGAUCCAAUUGGAUAGAGGGGGUUAUGAACAGUAUGCCGGCAAGGCUUUUGCGCAUAAGAAGGGAUACACGUUAGAUCAGCUCGAGGAGAUGAUGUACACCUUCCGUGAUGCGGAUUUGGACGGAAACGGCAAGGCGGACACGAUCGCAUACUACAUGGUCAGAAACCACCGGGGAUCUCGCCCGGUCUCGGGGAUGUGGUAUGUGGAUGGAGAGAAUCUUCAGUUUAGCAAAAUCGAGGACGGGGUCGAGAGGAUUGGUGUACUGUCCGAGGGCUGGAGAUCGUAUCUGCGCUACAUGCAGAAAUGGUAUGCGGACAAGCUGAUCAACCAAGAACUUCCCGCUGGACAAUACUCCGACAUGCACCCCUUGAUGGGCGCUGGAAUGGUAGGAAUCACUGCUGACUGUUUCAUCUGUUGGGAUGAAACGACGAGGCCCCCGAAGAAUCUCUGGGAUCGCGAUCCGGAGGCUAAGGUGAUGGUGCUUCCGCACUGGACGGGGCCCGAUGGUUUUGCCGGCGGUCCAACGGAUUAUCCUCCAUUUCGCUACGGUUGGGGUUGGAGUGUGAACAAGACCGUGGACGACGCGAAACUGGCCAAAGCUCUGGAGAUCAUGGAUUGGCUCAACUGGGAUGGAGAGGGUCAGGUACAGUCGAUCUUUGGUGUUGAGGGAAAGCACUACACCUGGGGCGGCGAGCCGUACAACUCCAACAUCGUCAUCACGUCUGAAUGGAAGACCGGUGGCGGCCAUCCCGAUGGCUUGGGGGUGUACAGGUACCAGAACGUGCCUCCUAAGAUGGCCUUCUAUAGAUGGGAUCCUGCGUGGAGCGAGUGGACGGAGCUCACUCAACCGCCCGGGGCGCUGUCCAACCGGGUAUUCAUUCCGCUGAGAUUCGACGUACUAGGGGAAGCGGUGAAUUACCAAUUGCCGAAGGCGGUGCAGCAGUAUGCCACGGCGUUGAACACCAUACGAGACGAGUUCAAGUGGAAAGCCAUCGGUGGCGUGGUGAACCUCGACGAGGAUUGGGACGCGUACGUGACAAAAUUCAUGAACUCUGGAGGUGAAGAGCUCUUGGCGGCGAUACAGGAGGGGCCGCUCAGUUUGCCACCGUAUCCGGGGGUGCCAUAUUUUCACCUCGUUGGAUUGCCGGAGUCCGUUCGUGAGCGCGUAGAAAACGGCGAGUUCGUCUACGAUUGGUAG